AUGACAGACUGUCAAUUACAGGAUGCACCCGAAAUCGUCCGUGCGAUUUUCAUGGGUGGCCGUUCGGAAGACAACCUAAAACGAACAGCUCUUCACGCUGCGGCCUACUGUGGUGAAGCUGAAAUCGCAGAACUCCUUUUGCAGGAGAAUGCGAGAGUCAACGCGAAAGACUUAAAAUGGUUUACUCCGCUGCAUCGGGCGUGUGCCUCCAAGGCGCCUCAAGUCAUGCAGAUCAUUGAUCUACUUUGUGAAUUCGGCGCUGAGGUUAAUUGCCGAGAUAAGGCUCAGUACACACCGUUGCACGUGGCCGCCGCCCAGGGCCAUGUCGCUGUUAUUCGCCAACUCAUCAGUCGCGGAGCUGAGCUGCACGCUCUCACCGGGAAAGGCAACUCUCCACUACACAUUGCUUGCCUUAAUGGUAAAAGCGAAGUAGUUGAAGUCUUACUGGAGGCCAUUGCAGAGUACACAGCCGACGAAACUAGUGAGGAUGUCACUCCCACAGCCUCUCCUUCGCCACCACCACCUCCAGCUCCAGCUUCCGAAACGCAUUACGCCAGUGGCGGUGGUAACUCCACCACUUCGGUCGCAGAAGCCGUGGCAGCACAGAACGCGACUGGACUAACACCACUUCAUUUAGCUGCUGCCUCAACCGAAGGCGACACCUGUCUGAAACGUCUUUUAGCUUUCUGUGAGGUGCAGAGCGAUGCGGAGCCAAAGACGAAGGAGGGUUCAUCUGCUUCUGCCCCACUCGAUCUCGAAGUGACCUGCGGAGAUGCGGAACGAACCCCUCUGCACUUGGCGGCCGCACACGGUCGUUGCGCACGCUGUCGCCUGCUGCUAGAACGUGGGGCCAAUGUGUUCGCCAAGGAUCGCUGGGGCAAUACACCGUUACACCUGGCUGCGGCUCAUGGUCACACUACCGUUACGGGUGGCAGUGAAUUCCCCGCUGAGUACGGUCAUGUGGUGAAGUUGAAAGACGCGCAUGACAGGAACCUCAUCCACGCGGCAGCUCUCGGUGGCAGUGUUGACUGUCUCCGAUUGGUCCUCUUUGCCGGCGUGAAUCCCUUCUCAGUGGAUCGCGAGGGCCGCACCCCGUUGCAUUUGGCUAUUGUGUCGCGCACUGUGGAGCUACACUAUGGCGGAGUUGAUCCGCCUCGCCAUGGUCCUGCCGUCACCUCCGCUACCUACGCCUCCGAGGUGGCUCUCAUUCUCCUCAAGGCAAGUCUGGGUGCAGAUCCGAACGCUGCCGACCGCUAUGGGUGCACCCCGCUACAUCUGGCUGCUGCCUACGACACCGAGGGCACGCUUCCCUUAUACUAUCCUCUGCACUUGGCCUCUGCGAUGGGAAACACAAAUGCCCUCCGCUGUCUCUUCGAGGGCAUCUCUGAACAGGAGGCCUGCCGACUGGUUCUGGAGACGGCUAGUAUGUCUCUUCUACAGAAAGAGGAUGACGCGUUUGUUCUUGCGCCCUGCAACACCCCUUUGACCGCACUACGCAAUACUCCUGACCUCACUGGCUCUCAUUUCUUCCUUUCGCCCCUUUUUCUGUCCGCAUUUCGUGGACAGACUGCGGCUGUAGAGUUUCUCCUACAGGCCUGCUCCGGCUCCUCAGCUCCCCCCUCGUCAUCCGCUGCAUCCGCCCAACCCGGUCUAACCAACAGAAACCCCUGUGGUCAGAUAACAGAUCCACUGGGCAGAACCCCCCUGCAUUAUGCUGCCUAUGCCGGCCACUUAGAGACCUGUCGUCUGCUCGUCACUCAUCCUCUGUCAAACGCCGAUCCCUCGGUUCGCGAUUCUGUCUACCAGUGGAACGCAGUCCAUCAUUCUGCUGCCCAGGGUCACGUGCCCGUCGUCAACUUUCUCCUUCGUUGGCAAAUUGAAAAUCGGAAUCGAGGACUCUCUUCUUCAGGUCUCGGGACAAAAUCCCCCCAAAAUAAACCUGGUGCUGCUGUUGCUGGUAAGAAUGACGAUGAUGACCAGAGUGACACCUUCAGUCUAGCCGAUGUCGGAGACGAGCACGGCCGCACGCCGUUGAUGUUGGCUGCCCAAAAUCGGCAUCCGGGCGUUAUCGAAUUGCUCACCCUCUCCUACUCCUCACUCUCGGCGAGCCCGCAAGUUCUCCGCUCCCCAUCCAUUGCUCCGGUCGCCUCUGGUCUUCCGACA